CACCAUUUCUUUACUGUACACAGAACAAAACAAAUCCAUUUCGAAUAGAAAAAACAACCGAUCGAAAGGAAUUUGGCAUUAAAAUCUGGAACAUCGUUAGAAAAGAAAUGGAAAUCCCAAUGAACUUUAACCUUCAUCAAGUUUUAUUUGUUCAAGUUGGACUUUCGAUCUUAGCAUCUGGAUCAGUUUCACCUUCAUACAAUUUACCUAUUCAUCUUUAUGGUCUAUAUAAUCUAGAUAAUGAAGUUCAUCAUUUUCCUGGUGCUUCAGAUGGAUUACGUCAAUAUUCGAUCUUGUUAGUGGUCUCGUUUGGAUUAGAUUUAAUAUGGAUCUAUAAUUGGUCAUCCUCGAUUUCUUCAUUACCUUUUGUUUUGAUCUUGGUUGGGUUGAUUAUCAAACCGAUCUCAUGGAUGAUUUGUUUAUCUAAACUUAAUCAAACCUAUGGAACAACUGGAUUGACUGAAGUCUUUCUUCAACCUUCUUCGACUACGGCCGCUGCUUCGAUGCCUUUACCUAAUGGAUCGUAUCAUCAAGCUUCUUCGAACCUUUCUCGUGGAUUUCAACGUGAUUCGAAUCAUGGUUCCAAGUUUAGAUCCGAUCAGAACCGAAUCAUAAACACAACCAAACCAGGCCCUUCAUCAAUCUCACAUCAAUCCCAAUCAUCUCAACUCAUCAAUCCUUCUCAAGCUUAUCAUGAAUUUGAUUUAGAUUCAGAUGCUCAAAACUUAUCGGAUGAUGAUCUGAAAUUCGCGCAACAAGAACUUCAGAAUAGAAUUGCUCAAAAACAACAACAACAACAAUCACCAUUACUGCCAUUGAAACAAGAUGGGCAAGAAAGUUUGGGUGGGUUGGGUGGUAGUGGAAAGAGUUUGGGUCAAACGGUGGGGUUGGGUGAGCCUUUGAAAAGUGAACCACCGGUUUGAUGACUUUUGGAAAACUCGUGGGGUGUCUUACUCAUUAAUUCACACAUACUCUUAUCAGUUCUUCUCGUCACUUUGAAUGUGUUUUUCUUUUUAUAUUUUCAAAAAUUUCCAUUUUUUUUUGAAAACUCAUGAUGGAUUAAAUUAAAUUAUCUUAUCAUCAUCAAAACUUUUACCAUUUGUUUACUGAAUGAUUAUAUAUUUGAUUUUUAUCUAAUUUCUUUUCCCUUUUUUUUGAGGGUGAGGGGAGGUUUUUGGUUAUUUUUUUUUCUUUUCAAUUUGUUUGUUUGAUUUGAUUGACAUCUCCGCUAUAAAAAUGAUGAUAUCCUACUUUGCAUUUCUUUUCUUGGACCAACUU